AUGGCGAGUGUCAAGCAAGUCGGAAAGAAGGCUUGUGUGAUCGGUGGCAGUGGGUAUAUGGCAUCUUUGCUGAUCAAGCAGUUGCUUGGAAAGGGUUAUGCUGUUAACACUACUGUUAGAGACCCAGGUAAUCCCAAAAAAAUAUCUCACCUUGUGGCACUGCAAAGUUUGGGCCAACUCAAAAUAUUUGAAGCAGAUUUAACAGUUGAAGGAGAUUUUGAUGCCCCCAUAUCAGACUGUGAACUUGUAUUCCAAUUUGCUACACCCGUUAACUUUGCUUCUGAAGAUCCUGAGAAUGACAUGAUCAAGCCAGCAAUCAAAGGCACACUGAAUGUGUUGAAAUCAUGUGCACGAACAAAAGAUGUGAAACGAGUCAUCUUAACAUCUUCAACAGCUGCUGUAACAAUAAACCAACUCAAUGGGACAGGUCUUGUUAUGGAUGAAAGCAACUGGACUGAUGUUGAGUACUUGAGCACAGCAAAGCCUCAUAGUUGGGGAUAUCCUGCCUCUAAAGCACUAGCAGAGAAGGCUGCAUGGGAAUUUGCUGAAGAGAAUAACAUUGAUCUCAUCACUGUGAUACCGACACUCACAGCUGGUCCUUCUCUCACUCCAGACAUCCCAAUCAGUGUUGGGUUAGCCACGUCCUUGCUAACAGGCAAUGAUUUCUUCUUUAAGGCUUUGAGGGGAAUGCAAUUGCUGUCAGGUUCAAUAUCCAUCACUCAUGUGGAGGAUGUUUGCCGAGCACAUUUAUUUGUGGCAGAGAAAGAAUCAGCUUCUGGUCGAUAUAUUUGCUGUGCUCACAAUACUAGUGUUCCUCAGCUUGCAGAGUUUCUUAGCAAACGAUACCCUCAGUAUAAAAUUCAACCUGAAUUCGAUGACAUCCCCUCCAAGGCUAAGUCAGUCAUCUCUUCCGAGAAGCUUAUCAAAGAAGGAUUCAGUUACAAGUAUGGGAUUGAAGAAAUUUUUGACCAGACUAUUGAGUACUUGAAGUCUAAUGGUGCGCUGAAGAACUAA